AAAAAAAUAGUUUAAAAAAACGAACCAACAAAUAAUUAAAAAAAAAAUAAAACAACUCCAAUAAUUAAGUUUGAAUUCCCAAUAACAACCUGCCACAAACUAGACAAAACCAUGCGCAAAAUGCUAGGAAUUUCUUUCAAACCCACCCUUAAUGCAAUCAUCCCUUCCUGCACCCCAAGAAUGAUCAACCAUUUUCUCAUUCUCUCAUUCUCUUCUCAUUCAUUCGCUUCUCCCAUUCAUUCAUGCUUCGAAACCGACCUGCGACCGUUUGCCGUGCAUCAGUGGCGAGUGUUCAUUUCGUAUCGAACCGUCAAAGAGACAGGGUGUGCGUCCGUCCGUAGUGCCGACGCGAUCAGAACCACCAACAGCCUGUACCAUCCACGCCGGCUCGUGUGUUUGUGUAUCUUCUUGCGCGAUUGCUUCAAAACUGCUCCAAAACCGAUUGUGUCUGUCUAGUGUUUGUGUGCGUGCGAGGAAGAAUUUCAAGGCCCAGAAGAAAAGUGUUGUACACCCCCGGUUAGGGGUUGGAAAAUUUUACGUGAAAAUUUCAUGUGAAAAAAACGUGUGUGACGAAUCGAGUGGAGAAGCAACGAGUAAAAAUCGAAGCGCAUUCUACGGUUUAACGGCUUUUAACCCUUUCCCCCAGUUUUUUUGUGUGCUCGUAACAACAAAAAAGAAAAACGCGUAGCACACAUACAGGGAGGAAAAAGCGUUACUGUGCAUGUGCAUAUUGUGUACGUAUGUAAAAAAGGUUUGCUGUUUUACGUAAGUGCAUUAUUUCACCGUGGAAGCUUCAGUUGCCGUUGUUGCCAGUGUGGUAGCGGGAUAAGGGAAAGAAAAAUUAAAAGAGUGAAGCCGAGUUGUGAGCCGUUCCCCGGGUGUUGCUGUGGCUCUCGGGGACGUAUUUAUUACGUCCGGAAAACGUAAAACCGCAACAGAAAAAAGAGGUGAAAAGAAUACGAAAAAAAAGGAAAGGUUUCAAACCCGCCGAUUCGAAUCGUGUUGGUGCCGUGACCAGGACCGUGUGUUCUUGAAGUGGUCUCUGUGUCUGUGUGUCUGUGUGUGUGUUAAUUUUCCACCCCGAGCCCUAUAUUCGGCGGUGUGGUGUGGUGUAUAGAGGGCAGUUCAACGUUCAAAUGUCAAUAUUUGUCAGUGAUUGAUGCGAGCAUCGGUUCGAAUAAAUCCGUGUGUAAGAAUCAGUGCAUUCCGCGCGGUUUGCAGUAUGACGUCCGGGCGGAAGAUGGCGUCGUCGUCCUCGACUGUACACAGUGCGAUCAGUCUGGUGCGAUGAUGAUAAUUGCGAAUGAUCGAAACAGUGAUUUCAAUGUGUCGGAAACCUCCACUGCAUCUAGUGACGUACUUCAACUUUCGUGUGUGGUUUAGAGUUUCUAUUCUUCCGUUCGUAAUCGUAUGGGGUUCGACAUCACCCCACCGAAAAACCCAAAGAAAAAGCGUUUAGAAAGCAAAUUCGUCUCAAACUCCUCCAAUAACAUAAAACGGAGCAAGGAGUUGAAAUCGUAAAAAAAAAUCAAAUAAUAGUGUUUUUAGUACAAGUGUGAUAGAAUUAGCAACAAAAAAAUGUGCUGCCCAACCAAAGUACUGUUCGGGAUCGUUGGCUUCCUGUCGGCGGUCGCCGCUGCCGCCCACUGGGACCAUGCGGUCGAUCUAGACGAGAACUAUCGGCUGCUGUGGAGCAUCAGCCAGCAGGACAUCACGUUCGAGGUGCAGGCCCGGACGCAGGGUUACGUCGGGCUCGGAUUCUCCACCGACGGUACCAUCUACGGUGCGGAUGUUGUCAUCGGGUGGGUCGAGAAUGGGCAGGUUCACUUCCAGGAUCGACACUUUAAGCAGAACAGCAACGGAGAGCCACAUGUGGACCUUUCGCUCGACUACGUGCUUCUACUCGGGUACGAGAAUGCAACCCACACGGUGUUGCGGUUCCGCCGGAAGCUCGAUACGUGCGAUACGGCACAAGAUGUCCCGAUUACGAAUGACACCAUCCGUAUCAUCUACAUGUACCAUAACAACGAGCCAAGAAAUGGUUCCCAAGCGAUCGGCACGCUACCCGAUCCGACCGAAGCGUUCAAAGAUUCUGUACCAAUCUUUCUAACGCAGCGCGUCAAUCAGGUACCGAUCGAGCUGGAUUCACGCACGCGAACGAUCGAGCUGCGUAACAAAGAUGUCCCGAUACCGCAGACGGACGAUAACUUGCGCUGGUGUACGAUGUUUAAGCUGGAUCAAUUCGUACGGAAACAUCACGUGAUACGGUAUGAACCGGUCAUUGAGUCGCGUUCGAACAUUCCUCACCUGCGACAUAUCAUACUGUACGAGUGUCAGGGUUCAACACCGGAGCUGGAAAUCAUGUCGAGAGAGUUCGGCCGAUCGUGUAUGGAAGCGGAGAAGGAGCUGCUGACGUGCAACUCGAUCGUUGCUGCAUGGUCCCGAGGUUCGGAGGGUUUCACCUAUCCGCUUGAGGCUGGUUACCCGCUCGACUCGUACCAGGCCCGGUUCUACAUGAUGGAAACACACUACACCGGCUUCCAGAGUAAUUCGGUCGACUUGACGCCACGCGUAGACAACUCUGGCCUGCGGCUGUACUACACCACCACGCUCCGCAAGCACGAUGCAGGCGUCUUAUCGGUCGGAAUGCAACCGAACUGGCGUCACAUCAUUCCGCCGGGGCAGGAUCGCGUUCUGUCCGAGGGUCACUGUAUAGAGGAGUGUACGCAGCGUGCUUUCCCCCGGCCCGGCAUCAACAUCUUCGCCGUGAUGAUGCAAACGAAUGGUAUGGGACGGCAGAUACGCUUCCGGCAGGUACGUCAUCGCGAGGAAUUGACACCGAUCGCCCAUGACGCGAACGUAGACGCCAACUAUCAGGAGUACCGACGGUUGCAUGUACCGGUGAAAGCCCUACCCGGCGAUCGAUUGAUCGCGGAGUGUACGUACGACAGUACCGGUCGCAAACAGAUCGCACUCGGUGGGUAUUCAUCGCGCGAUGAAACCUGCCUGGUGUUGAGUUUAUACUAUCCGCGCCAGAAGGAACUUACCUCCUGCCAUUCGAUACCGAGCCUGCCGACGGUGUUGCGGGCGGUUGGCAUUAAUGAACUGGCGGCUGGGACGAAUCCGAUUCGUAUCGCCUCACCGCCGGAAAUAGCCGGCAUGACGCUCGAGGAACGGUUGCUCACCUACGAUUGGCGCGUCAACUUCAACGACUUCCAGUACGUCGUGCGCAAGGGUGCGUUUAAGCCACUGUGCUGGAGCGCUCGGAAUACGCCCAUACCGGGCACCGAUAAUGUGGAUGCGUACGCACCGAACCUGACGAAAAUCUGGCGUCCGAUGGCAACGUGCAGCUUCAGUGGCGGUACAUCGGCACAUGCCGGUAGCGGCAGCAGUGGCGGUAGUUACAGCGUCAAUCGGUUCGUUACCGAGCGUGACAUCAGUCUGGACCGGCCGCUGGACGAUGCGGACGAUGACCGGUGGAACGUUAUCGAGGGUGCGGCCCGAAGCAAAUCCAUCCGCAGUUCGGCCCCGUCGGCAAACCUGGCUAGUGGGGUAACGCUGGCGGUGGCUGUUUCGCGGUUAGUGCUGUUUGUGAUCUUUCUCAACACGGUCAGGUUACUGUGAGAGGUGUGACCGUGGUUUUGCCCGGGGGCGUAGUGUGAACAAAGUGAUAAGCGAAUCCAGAAGCUGCCACGGUGGGACGGGGGAUGCGGGAGUACGGAGAGGGGAGCGUGUGCGGCACGUGAUACUAAGACUGGGUCUACUAGAAUUUUGUGGAACGUUAACAUUGUACAUAGUGUCAAGUUUUAGCAGGUAGGCUAGGUAGAUGGUACGUCUUCUCCGCCCAAUAUGCGCUCCCAUCAAGGGUAACACUGUGUACCAGGCUGUAAAGCCUCCAAAAGAAUAAAAAAACACAACCAUACACACACAUACACAGACGUAUAAGUUCACUAGUCAUUUUAGGGUGCGCACAACAGUACCGCAUUGUUGGACGGAGAAGGAUGUUGAGUAGUACGUAUUUAAUUCAGGGAUAUGUAAAUUGUGAAUCUAGAGGAAGCAAACAAACGAAGCGCCAGUUGUUUUUUGUGUGAAGUAUGUAGAAAUCGUGACAAUCCGAACGGUCGGAUUAUGUUGGGUUUUGAUUUGCAGCUAGUGCACCUUGUACCAAGAGAAUGGAAAACUUUUAGUUCGAUACAUGUACAUAUAAAAUAGCAAACAUAUUGUAAUAAAUUGAAAAUAAACUAUUCAAAAUCGAAAUUCAUUAAAGAAAAA